UAUGUGCCGACCAAGUGAACUCGCCAAUUAUUAGCUAGAACCACAGUGUCUGUUGUGCUAGGACUCAUGUACCUGUGUAAUAGUGAUAAUAGCUUCACUUUAUAUCGUUUAUGGAACAUUUAAGCUAAUAUUCGUUAGCCGUUUUAUAGACUAGGUCGCUAGUAUAUUGCACCUAAAUAGUCAUCAUGGUAGUUAAUACCUACAAUAAAAUGUCGAAAAAUGUGAAAUCAUCACCAAAAGUAUGAAGGCAAGAACUGCAGCUGUGAUACUGUUGCUGUCGGUAUGUGAAGCGUGGGGGACGUUGACGCCGGUGGUGGAGACAGGCCAAGGCAAGCUGCGGGGCCUGCGCAGCGCGUAUGGACACAACCGGUACUUCGGCAUACCGUACGCUACCAGCGACAGAUUUCAGCCUCCAAAGGAGCCACCAAAAUGGAAAGGAAUCUUCAACGCGAUAAAUCCAUUUGUAAGAUGUCCUCAAAAAAUGGCAUUCUUUAUAACUGGAACCGAAGACUGCCUCUACCUCGAUGUAUACGCGCCGGAAACAGCUACACCUCGACAUAAGCUGCCUGUGAUGGUGUUCUUCCAUGGCGGUGCUUAUUACAAAGGGAGCAAAGCACUGUACGAUCCACAAUUUCUAGUCAGCAAAGGUGUAGUUGUUGUGAUAACUAACUAUAGACUUGGAGUGCUUGGAUUUUUGUGCCUAAAUGGUAUCUCGAAUCUUGGUUUAAGAGAUCAAGUAGCAGCUUUGAUAUGGGUGAAAAGAAAUAUAGUAGCAUUUGGUGGAGACCCAGAUAAUGUGACUUUAUGUGGACAGAGCGCCGGUGCCAGUUCAGCAUCACUACAUUUACUGACGGAAUUAAGCAAAGGAUUAUUCCACAAAGCCAUUUUGAUGAGUGGAACAGCGUUGUCUACUUGGGCUUUUAAUUUGGAACCUUUAACAGCAGCUUUUGAAGAUGCUAGAAAAUUUUCCUUACCUUUGACAGAAGAAGAUGUAUUCAAUACUUUUGCUCGGGCUGAUUUACAAACCCUUAUAGAUGCAACUCAUGAUACGUCAGUGAAUCCAAGAUUUUUCAAGUAUUCGCCGUGCGUCGAUGCAAAUUUUAGUGAGCCAUUUUUUAGAGAUACUCCUUUUAAUAUUAUAAAGUCUAGACAGUUUAAUAAAGUACCACUAAUGGUUGGUUUUACUGAUAAAGAAGGAGGUUUCUUCUAUAGAUUAUUAAGUGAGGAAACAGUAAAAGAUUUGAGCGACCAUUUUAAUGACAGACUGCCGUGUGUAUUCUCGUGGUGUUCGGAAGAAGACAAAAGGAAAAUUGGUAGGAUGAUGCGGUCACAUUAUUUUGGAGAAGGUUACUUAGAUUAUCGGACGUCUGUAAAAGGCUUGAUAAAUUAUUAUUCCGAUUGGAUUGCAUACGGAUCAAUAAAUGCUUUUUCAAAAGUCUUGACACAGUUUUCAGACCAGCCUAUUUUCAAUUAUCAGUUUGCAUACGAAGGCGGUAGAAAUUUUGGGAAAUUCAUAGCUGGGACCGAUUUUAAUGGGACUACGCAUGCUGGGGAAAUAUUCUACAUUUUUAAACCUAUAGGAAUAUCGCUACCUCUAUCAAGGCAAGACGAACACACGAUUGAUAAAUUUACAACAUUGAUACGGAAUUUCAUGAAGUUUGGGAACCCAACACCAAAGAAAAGCAAACUCCUUCCAGUGCGUUGGCCACCAGCUACCGCCAACACGUCUAAUAUCUUCAUCCUGAACAAAAAGAUGAAAGUGAUCAACCGACCUCGGAAAGACCAAAGGGGUGACUUCUUCUUGAAGAUGCUGUGUAUCUAUGGGAAGAGUGGAUAUGUACCGUGUGAGAGUCAAGAAAUGUGUAAACCUAGAUAAUAGUAAUUUAGUAUAAUCGUAA